GUGCGGAUUUAGGUUGUGCACGUGCGGUCGUAACCGGAAGUGGAGUCGCAGUCAGCGCCAAGGGUGUGCGCGAUAUGAUGACACACUUCUUUGGAUCUCAAGAAGGAUCACCUCCACGAGGAUGAGAUCUGACGUUCUGCACUGGAUAUUGUAAGAGGAUGAGAAGCAAUCUCUGUUAUCAAAAACCGUACAAAUGAUAUGACCGUCCUCCUCGCAUCAGUCACCACACUCAUCAGCUAAAGAGUUAAUUGUUGGCCAUCUACAGAAAGUCUUUUUGCAUUACUUCAUCCAAACCAUGGUGGACAACCGAUACGCCACGGCGCUGGUCAUCGGCUCCGUGCUGAGCCUGCUUGCCACCGUCUAUCUCUCUGUUGCCGUGGGAACGCAGCACUGGUACCAGUACCAUAGCCAGCCGGCCAGCAACGACGCCAACAACGGCUCGGACCUGCAGACGCUGCGGCAGGACUUUGAGGCAGAGGACGUGGAUGAGAGGAUCUACAGCGUCGCUCUGUUCCGGCUGAACGGCACGCUGGGUCUCUGGUGGCGCUGCAUUCUGGUGCCCAAACACUCAUACUGGUCUAAAGAGCCUGAUCCGAUAAUGGUGACUAAAUGUCAGGCCUUUACUUUGCCACAGCAGUGGGAAUCCAAGUACAAAUCUCCUGGCAAUAUUAACAGUGGAGAAGAUCUGCUGCGUACAUACCUGUGGAAGUGUCAGUUCCUGUUCCCGCUGGUCUCUGUGGGGCUGGUGUUUCUCGCGGCGUUGAUCGGAGUGUGCGCCUGCCUUUGCCGCAGUAUCACUCCUACACUAUUCGUAGGGCUGCUGCAUCUGCUGGCCGGCCUGUGUUCCAUGGCCACUGUAUGCUGUUUCCUCGCGGGUGUGCAUUUGUUUCACGAAAUAUCCGAGCUCCCCGAAGGGAUGGACUAUUCACCGGGCUGGUCCUUGUUUUUGGCUCUGGUCUCGUCUCCGCUGCAGAUCAUGGCUGCCGCGCUCUUCAUAUGGGCCGCGAGGAGCCACCGCCAACACUACACUCGAAUGACAGCCUACAGGGUUGCUUAGGCAAUAGAGGACUGACUAUAGAGUCACCGAAGCGAUUGUCUGCUCUCACAGAAAGCACCCAUCCAUGUUCGUUCAGUGGCUGCUUUUACCACAAACCAAGCUAAAGUUAUGAAGGAAACGGUCAGAACAUACUGCUCAAAGUUAGUAGGUAAACUAACGCCGUCCACCUGUAGUACUGUCCUGUGAAUAUAUUCAUUUCUUGAAGGAUCUUCCUACUAUAUAACUGCCUUUUUAACCACUCUAUUAGCAUCUGUGCUGUUGAAGAUGAGAAACUAAACUUCUCACCCACAGACUCUCGCUCAACAGUAGUUAUUCAGGGCUUCGCCUUUUGUUUACCUGUGUUAGACUAAACUUAUUUUGAUGUUAGGUUUAGUUUCAUCUCCUCAGCGUGUUUUAAAUAACACCUCUGUGUCUUUUAUUCAGCCUGUGUUGUAGCUACUCAGUGACAUCUUGAAGCGAUUGCAUUUUAGCACUUUGCAAUCCCAAGAUGCAAUAGGGGUUUGCCUUGGCCUGAAAGACAGAAUGUUUGUGUCAAUUUUAAGCAUUAACCACUUGAGCCUUUCGUAUUUUCCUGAACAUUUGGUUUGCAUAUUUAUUAUUGUUUCUUGUGCUUUGCAUUGGUUAUACUCUUGUUUACCAUUUAGUUUCUCUUUGAGAAUGUAUUUCAUUGUGUACUUAACAUUUGCUUAGUGACUUGAUUAGAAUCCAGUUACAAUGUUUUGUGAUGGUUCAAGUAGUAAUUUAAAACCAUCUCAGCUGUGGUUUAUAUUCUUAUUUAUACUUCAUUUAAAACAUUUAGCUGGUGCAUGUUAUGCGAUUUUUACCAUGUUGUUUUCGAUAUGCUUUGCAGAUUUUCUCAGCAGUUUAGGAUUGCAUAAUGUGAUGUUAUAACAACUAAAUUAGUGCAUAUAAAGCCACUCUGAACAUUGGUGAAAUUAGUGCAAGGGCACAAUUUAAUUUUGUAUGUCAAAUGAUGUGCACGAGUGACUUAAAACAUCCAGUUACUGCUGUCAUUCGUCACGUAUAUCAUGCACACUUUGACUAAAAAUCUGGAGAUGA